AUGGCAAACCCGGCCAAUACCCAGAAUACCCAAGGUACCUCAGCCACCGGUGCCACCUUCGGGCAAGCUUCCCAGGAUCCUACUCAAUCACAGAUGGGCCCGCCUCUCGUACCAGUACGAGCUUGCCUCUCCAACCGCCGAGAGAGCAUGCUUCUGGCAGCCCAUCCGUCAUCCCAGCCAUCAGUAUCAGCUAGCGGCGACCUAGAGCCCAUGACUGCUACACGCGAGAUUGUCGGCAUCGAAAUCAACGACGUCCUGCUCGAAUACCUCAAAGAUUCUAACUACGUUUACCUCCGUUAUACCGUUGACACCGAGUGGUUCGAAUUACAAGAGGAUCCCGAACCUGACGAGCACAGCAAUGCCUUUUACUCCCUUAGCACAGGCCGAAUCCGCACUGAUGGCAACAUCACCCACAACAUCAACGACUUCACUGUCACUAACUCUAGUAACCUCCAGAAGAACGUGAAGGAUCGUCCCGACUUCUGGUGGCGAUUUAUUGUCUCUACGCUAGUCUCCCUACGCAACUGCACUGACGCCAUCAAUAGGCAUCUGCAGACUGUGGACCGCAAUGAAGGAGAGACUCAAGCUCUACGAGACCGACUAGCGAAUGUUGAAGCAGCCCUUGAUGAAACUUCGAACAGUAAACAACUACAAGUUGGCAUGGUUAGCAGCAACCUGUACAAGGAGAAGCUGACAGAGAUCCGACGCCUCACCUCGGACAUCGGAAAGCUCAAAGCUGCGUCAGAACAACUCCCCAACGUUCGCGAUGACCCCGCCUUCAAAGCCCUCGCCGCUGAGCGCGACCUUGCCGCCACCGAACGCAAUGAACUCAAGCAGAAGGUUGAGGACCUAUCCCGCCGAGCCGAUGAACCGGAGAGCGGUCCUAACUACGCAGAGUUGGCACAGAAGCUCAAGGAGGAGUCUGACAGCGCCGACUGGUGGGCAGACCAAGCUAAGGCCAACGCUGAGCUCUGCGACAAGUUCAAAGGACAAGCUGAUCGCUAUUCUAUCGAGCUUAACCAGUAUGAUGUCAAGUACUCUAACAUGGAGGCGAACAAGAACGAAGCUCUCGCCCUUAAGGAUAAGGCUUACGAUGAGCUCAACCUCCAGCUCACCGAGGCUAGACGUGAGACAAAAACGGUCACCGACCGACUGCUGCAACAUGAACCCAACUAUCAGCCGUACACCCUCUGGCGGCGCGAGCGAUCUUACGACCCAGUACGGCCUGUACAAUCAAGCGUUUUGCUACAGCGACCUGUAGAUGAACUUGAGACGUUCAAGGGCAAGGUCGACGACGACUACGAGCGGUGGCGCGAGAUGGCAGUGGCCAAGUGUCGCACAUACCCAGAGGACUGGCAAGCGGUUGACUACCUCAAGUUCCGCAUUCAAGGCGAAGCUUACGAGCACAUCCGAGAUGUCAAAGCUCGCCAUUUCCUAGAUUUCCUAGAGACUCUCGACAGCCAGUAUCUCACCUAUGAUCGGGAAGCUGACGCCGAAACCCUCAUCGCCGACGGCUCGCUCCGCUACAAGUCUGGACAGAAGUUCAUGGAGUGGAAGUCUAAGUUCACCUCUUGCAUGCGAAUCCUCAAACACAAGAACGCGACCCAGAUCCGAUACGCUCGCGAGUUCAUGCGACCCGGGUUAGCUAUCGCGACCACUGCCGGAUCUCACAAGGAUGAGACCAUCCAGUCCUUCUUGCUGCGAGCGCAACACAUCGACCAGGGACAUCAACAGAUUGACGCUGGCCGAAAAUUAACUCCCGUUACGAAGACCGCUGGUGCUAGCCGUACCCAAAAGUUGGUCACCUUCCGGACACCCGACACUCCAGGUCACAACAACGCCGCCAGCACGCAUACGUACAAGAAGAUGGCCUUCGAGCGGUCAGAGAAAGACAAGAAGCGUCUAGCUGACUUGAAGCUCUGCUUCAAAUGUGGCAAGGAUGACCAUCAGAUGAGGCACGAGACUGCCCCCUGCCGCGGCAAGCCCUUCACUCCUUCUCACCAAAUCCCCGCACUGGCUUCUUUGUACAUCAAUGCUCUCGACGCUUCCAACGAAGAGGAGCGAGACGAGGAUACUGAGGAGACGCUGGACGACACGACUUAG